AUGGGGGCUACCACAGAUGAAGAGACGGUGCAAACCUUGCAGGUGUCCACGAAGCAGGCACUUCAGUUGUCUGCCCCUUCUGGAGUACUUGGAAGCGGCCCUGGAGGCCUUGCUCGGAGCGUCGAGCAAAGGACAUCAACCAACAUUUCCGUGGUUCACAACCCGACUGGAGCGGAUGUGACAAUCAGGGGCUCAAAGACCGGGGUUGCAAAGGCUGCGACUUUGCUCAAAGCUUUGGUUGCCUUCAAAGAGUCGGCAUCCCCCGAGGAGCGAGGCAUUUGCCCUUGGUUUGCCUGUGGGUUUUGCCGCGAGCACAGGGAGGACGAUGACGGCUGCGAGGCUGGGUUGCACUCCCCGGAGAUUAUCCUCCAAGUCCAGGCGGAUUGGCUUUCUAAGACACCGAAGCCUUCAGAAGGUGAGAUGCCGAAGGUGAAGGGGCGACCGCUGCUGCUGACUGUGUCCUGUGGCGGUGCAGCCCCUCCUCCACUUGCUGGCUCCAUGAGCGCCAUGCCAGGGCCAAGACCGGCAACAGGAGGCGGAAUAGGUUGUUUUGAGGAGGAGCUCAUUGAGCUGUGCAUCGUUGCAGUUGAUUGGGAGAAGGCAGAAGAGGUCAGCCGAUUCCAUCGUUUCAUCAGACCCGGCGAGUGGGACGAAAAGGAUGCCGAGAUGCGGCAGGCGUUUCCUCCGUCAUGCUUCGCUCCUACAAAGGCUCUGGCGUUCAGUGAUGUUCUGGCCGAUCUCAUGGACUGGCUGCCGAAUUUGCUGGGGGUCACUCUGGACGAGGUGUCGCCCGAGGACUUUCUGUGGGUCAGUCCCAGGGAUUGGGAGAUCCAGAACUUGCUGCCCAGGCGCUGCGCGUACGCGGGGGUGGACGGUGGCCUACAGGAUUUCUUCUUGCGGCGCUGGUGUUGCCUCAAGGACGUGUUCAGGCAGCACUUUGCUCUACCGAAUGAGGCAGCGCCGAAUGGUCUUUCAGCUAUGGCCAGAUACCUCGGACAAGCUCCAAGUGACAAGGCAAAAAGAACCUUCUGCAUGGACGAGAAUGCCAUCGUCGUGAGGAUUACGCUGGAGCUUGCGAGAAAAGGGUGGAAGCCGACAGCCACUGCGUGGCGGGAGUCUGUCAUGGCGCCGACGACUUUUCUGUUGCCCAGACGUGGCGACAUCCCUGCACCAGAAGCCGAGCCGCUGGCCUAA